AUGUCCCGGAAAUUCCUGAGUCUGAUCGUCAACGAGCAAACCCCUGGCCACAAAACGCUGCGCUGCAUCGACCUGACGCGCCAGAAAUUCUUUUACGACGCACCGCCGCCGCCGCCAACAGACGGAUCAGAUGGAUCAGCGGGAGGAGCUCGAGACGCCGCCACCUCUCGGCCGGCGGCGGCGUCACGGUCUGUGGGGAGGGUUUGCCUCCCCAGGCCCAGCUUCACCUUCCGACCCGGGGACUCCAACGCGAGCGACGAAUGGGGGAUGCACUGCUUCCCGCUCGGGGACCGCAAGGUGAUCUGCGCGGACCAGUCGGGGCUCGCCUUUGUCUUCGACGCCGAGACGCGCAUCGUCGGCGCCAUGCCCAGCCUCGGCAGGCCCAAGCGGAUGCCCUUCUCCCUCCCCAACAAUACUGACGACUUGUGGUAA